AUGGAUAUUACCGGGAACGCCUUUGUCGUCGGCGGAGGGGGCGGAAUCGGCAAGGCCUGCGCGCUGGCCUUUGCCAAAGAAGGCGCUACUGUAGUCGUGAUUGCAGAUCUGGAUGCAAAGAAGGCGGUCGAGGCUGCCGCCGAGUGCCAGGCGUUGGCGCCUUCGGCUGAAUUUCGAGCCAUCGGAGUACAGAUCGACAUCACGCAGGAGGACUCGGUCAAGACUGCAACUGAUCAGGUGGUACAGACCUUUGGUCGCAUAGAUUAUUGCGUGAACUGCGCUGGGAUUGGAGUUCAACAAGGGGUUGACAUUGCAACUUUGCCAUUGGCUGAAUUCAGGCGUUUUCUCGACGUCAAUACAGUCGGCAUAUUCCUGGUGACUCGAGAAGUGUCUACAGCGAUGCGUGCCCAGGAGCCCAGACUGGUCUCGUCCGAGUCGCCCAGACGGGGAACCACGCGCGGCGCAAUUGUUAAUCUCGCCUCAGUCCUGUCUGUCGUUGCGGCGCCCGGAAUUAUUCCCUAUACAGCAUCCAAGCAUGCAGUUUUGGGGCUGACAAAGAAUGCAGCCUUGGACAAUGUGUCGCAUGGUAUCCGGGUAAAUUGCGUCUGCCCUUCAUGGGUCGACACCCCCAUGGUACAACAGGCGGAGGAGGGUGUUCAGGGUCUUACAGAAUUCAUCAAAUCUGUAGUGCCCAUGGGGCGGAUUGCUAUCCCAGAAGAAAUCGCUGACGCUAUCAUCUUCUUGGCCAGCCCCAGAUCCAGCUAUCACCCUAUCGCCGGUCUCUCCCGUGUCGUACGCCACAUCACAGGCCAUGAUUCAGAGGGUCGAUCCGUGUUCUUGUCCACUGACAUCGGUGACCACCACCGCACAUUGGGCGAGAAGCAAGCGAUUUCCAACAUCAUCUACUCGACCAACCAGACUCCCGUGGAGCUCAACGGUGACCACGAUAUUGAGUUUGCCAGGAACACUGAGCCCGGUAUCCACGUCAAAGACGGCUCAGUGGCACGCCUGAUCGACUUCGCUCCGGGCGUGGAAUCCCCGCUGCACCGCGCCGUCAGCCUCGACUACGGCGUCGUCAUUGAGGGCGUGUUCAAGAUGGUCCUGGACUCGGGCGAGGAGCGCAUCAUGCGUCCUGGCGACAUCAGCGUUCAGCGCGCCACGGCUCACAAAUGGAUCAACAUUACCGGCAAUGGGUCUCUCCCUGGCCGUAUGCUCUUUGUUCUGCUUGAUUGCAAUGAUGUGUAUGCGAAUGGCAAGAAGAUGGAGGGUUACCUGGGCACCCUCGCCAAGGACUAUGAAGGACGUGGUGGUUAG